GGAGUUGAAACCUGAAAGGUAGUCCACUUUCGCAGCACCUGCACGGCGCUGUUGCGAAUCACAAUCUCGUGCCUUUUUACUGCUCACUCCUCUCAAAACCUUGUCCCAUCUCGCAAGCUUUCCUCCCGUUCCCCCUCCUUGGCCUUUCCGGUCUCUGCACUGCAGCCUCCUGCAGUGCUGCCUGCUCCUCGGGCGCAGCGUCCAGCUGCUGCUGCGUGCUCUCUCUCUCUCUCUCUCUCUCUCUCUCUCUCUGGCUUGCAGCGCUCUCGCCCGGACUCGACCUUCCUGUGAUCCUGUCACCCAUCCGCCCGUCCAUCCUAUCCCACCUAUAUAUGCCAGCUUGCUCUGCCUCCCAGGGCGAGUGUGUAAGCUCUACUGCUCGAGUGCUCUGUGCUCCGUCUCAGCGUUUCGGAGCUGCUGCUGCUGCGACUUGACUGUUGGAGCACAGCAGCGUGCACGGGGUGACUGGGUAGAUAGGAGGAGACAGACGAAGGGCGAGACCGAGGGGAGAUGGCUUGGAAUGGCCGCUUCGGCGACGAGGAGGGGAGGGGCCUGGAGCUCAGCCUCGGCCUCCCGGGCUACUUCUCCAGGUCGCCAACCCAGGCUGCAGCUUUGGAGGAGAAGGGGAGCGCUGGCUCUGCUGCCGCUGCUGCUCGAGCAAUGGGAAGCAAUGGCUUCAAGGCGAGGCCGGCGGCAGCUGCUCCGGUCGUCGGAUGGCCCCCGGUGCGCGCAUUCCGGCGGAACCUCGCGUCGUCGUCCUCCAAGCCGCCGUCCCACGAGCCAUCAAGCCAGAGGGGCAGUGAUCCCCCAGGCGCCGGCAAGGCCGUUGAGGCCGGCAAGAAGGGGCUGUUCGUCAAGAUCAACAUGGACGGCGUCCCCAUCGGCCGGAAGGUCGACCUAGGGGCGCACGCCGGCUACGACACGCUCUCCGCAGCCGUCGACCACCUCUUCCGCGGCCUCCUCGCCGCUCAAGCAUCAGGAGAGGAGCAGGAGGUGAUCACCGGGGUCUUGAACGGCAGCGGCGAGUACACGCUGGUCUACGAGGACGAGGAGGGCGACCAGAUGCUAGUCGGAGACGUGCCAUGGGAGAUGUUCAUCAGCACGGCGAGGCGUCUGCGCGUGAUGAGCAGCUCCGAUCUGAACCCGUCGUCGCUAAGGGCAGUGAGCAGGAAGAGAGCUGCAGCCGAGUGCUGAGCUGGUGGCUCUGGAGUCUGAACAUGCUGCGUCUUUUCCGCUAGUCAUCUGUGUAAAUCUUCAAGCAGUUUCUUCUAUCGUAGUAUUUUGCUUAUCAUGCUAGGGAAGCAAGAACCAAGAGUUGAUCGGUGCUGUUAGAAUCUGUAAUGCUAGGAGCUGUGUCAGAACUUUUUUUGAAAGGAAGUUUGGCUGUGCUCUCAAGGGUAGUGUGUCUGUUCAUCAUCUUGUCUGAAACUUUUGUAGCGAGUCUUGGUGCUGCAGACAUGAGGUCUGAGCUCGCCAAUGCCCAUGCACGCGCAGUGAUAUUGCUUGCUUGUCUUCUGUUGAAUGCUAAAGCAUCCACAGUGGCCUUUUGGCAUGAGUCGACUCAUGCAGUCCACGCAAGCCAUUAUUUUCUCUC